AUGGGUAUUGAGUAUCAAGGCUGCAAUAUUCCCACCUCCUUUGCAUCGUGCAGUAUCCCGCCAUACUUCAAUGCGACACUGCCCCAAAAGUUGGAAGCAAUUCGCAGCGCUGGAUUCGACGGAAUAGAGAUAUCUAUGCCGGACAUACUGACGUACGGUGGCGACAUCGAAGGAAGGACCAUUGACGAGAACGACUAUGAUGCCAUCUCCAAUGUAGCCGGCAAGAUCCGCAUCCUGACGGAGCAACUUGGCCUUAACAUACUCAUGCUGCAGCCAUUCUCGAGGUUUGAGGGAUGGCCAAGAGAUACACACGCACGCGAAAGAGAAGCGGCAUUCGACCGCGCAAGGGGGUGGAUAAAGAUCAUGGAAGCGCUGGGCACGGAUAUGCUGCAGGUAGGCUCAACCGACGCAGAAGACGCAUCGCCAUGUAUGAGCCAGCACGCCGAGGACUUGCGCGAGCUGGCCGACAUGCUGGCGGAAAAGGGGUUUCGCCUCGCCUACGAAAACUGGUGCUGGGCGACGUACGCCGCGGGAUGGAAAGACGUGUGGGAGAUAUCCCAGAGCGCUGGCCGCCCGAAUAUCGGCCUUUGCCUGGAUACCUUUCAAUCUGCGGGCGGAGAGUACGGAGACCCGACCACGGCGUCGGGCCGCAUCGAGUACCUCAACCAGGCCGAGCUGGUCAGCCGGUGGAAGCAUAGCCUGACGGAGCUGAGGCAUGCCGUCCCCAGCGACAGGAUAUAUCUGCUUCAGAUCUCAGAUGCGUAUAAGAUGGAGCCACCCCUUCGCGGAACGUCGGCGCGGCCAAGGUCGGAAUGGAGUCAUAGUUUUCGGCCGCUGCCCUAUAGCGGAGGAUAUUUACCGGUGGAGGAUUUCUUGGGUUCUGUUCUUCAGACUGGCUUUCGGGGCUGGCUGUCCGUCGAGGUGUUUGACUCGAGGCCCAAGGAGGGCAUGUUGAUGGAGGACUACACCAAGGCUGCUAUGCAGUCGUUGACUCGCCUGCUGGCUUCUACCGUCAGGUGA